AUGAGCGACGAAGUAGUUGAGGUUACGGUGGUGGAGAAAGUAGCUGAAGCUAGUAACGGAGGAAAGUCAGCGCGGAAGAGGAUGCGGAGGAAGGACGCCGCAGAAGGCGGAGAUGGUUUGGUGAAGUGGGAGAAGUUUCUCCCGAAAAUCUCGCUUAGAGUUUUGCUCGUAGAAGCAGAUGAUUCCACUAGACAGAUUAUCUCUGCUCUCCUCAGGAAAUGCAGUUACAGAGUUGCUGCCGUAGCUGAUGGCUUGAAAGCUUGGGAGAUGCUAAACGGAAACCCCCAAAGCUUUGAUCUGAUACUAACAGAGGUUGAUCUACCUUCAAUCUCUGGAUACGCUCUUCUUACACUUAUCAUGGAGCAUGAUAUCUGCAAGAACAUUCCUGUCAUAAUGAUGUCGACACAGGACUCUGUGAAUACUGUGUAUAAGUGUAUGUUGAAAGGUGCGGCUGACUAUCUUGUUAAGCCCUUGAGGAGGAACGAGCUGAGGAAUCUCUGGCAACAUGUCUGGAGAAGAAGACAAAAUGCUCCUGGAAGCUUUCCCCUAGAUGAUGAGAGUGUUGGACAUGAGAAGCCUGAAGGUGCGUCUGCAAACAACUCGACUAGUAACCACGAGAAUGCAUUUGAGAGAGACCAACGUCCUGAAAUUGAGCAUAGUGGUGAUGACCAGAGCUCAUGUUCAAGGCCUGAGAUGCAAGGUGAGAGCGCAGACGUAGAUGACUCAACUAAAGAAGCUAUUGACUUCAUGGGAGCAUCGUUUAGAAGAAACACACAACGCAACAGAGAAGAAACUGUUGCUAGAUACGAAUCUAUGAUAGAGCUUGAUCUCUCUCUGAGAAGACCAAACACUUGCGAGAAUCAAUCUUCUGGAGACAGACCCUCUCUUCACCCUUCUAGUUCCUCUGCUUUCACACGGUACGUUCACAGGCCACAAUGUUCAGUUUCUCCCUUAGUUUUGGAUCAAAGAAAGAACGUUGCAGCAAGUGAAGAUGAUAACAUCAACCAAUACAAUUCUUCUGAACCGCUUCCAAGUGCUCCAAGAAGAAACGAGACCAGCUUUAACAAUAGAGAUGACUCGUCUCUGAUGAAUUCUUGGCCAGGACAGGGUUCUUACCCAACACCAGUUCCCAUCAACAGCAUACAGUUCAACACACCUUAUGCAUCUACCGUGGCUCCUGCUUCACUGUCUCCAAGCCCGAGCUCCGUUAGCCCUCAUGAGUACAGCUCCAUGUUUCACCCUUUCAACGGUUCCAUGGAUGCAGAGGAGAGAAGACACGUGUCUUCCGCAACUCAACAUAGUGAAAUAGGCAAUCACUGCAGUACUAACUCGUCGUCUGCGGGGAGAACUCAACAGUCUCUUCAACGAGAAGCCGCUUUAAACAAGUUCAGGAUGAAGCGCAAGGACAGAUGUUUUGACAAAAAGGUUCGUUAUGAGAGCCGGAAGAAACUGGCUGAGCAACGUCCGCGUAUCAAAGGACAGUUCGUUCGUCAAGUCCAAUCCGCUGAGACCUCAACACAAGAAGCUCCACAAUAA